UUCCAGCUGGCCAGCAUGUUGAAGAGAGACUUGAGACUUGGUCCUUGGUUAUUCAGCUUUCUGGUUGGUAGCCUGUCCAGGAGCCUCUUUGCCUUUGCAGCCCUUGCCAAGAAUCAGACUUCUAAAGGUCUUGCUCCUGUCACCAUUGAGACCUCCAGACACAUGUAUGAAUAUGUGGCCACUGCUUUGAACUGGUGGCACGCAGACAGAUACUGUGAGCAACGCUUUGCUCAGUUGCUUUUUGAACCCCAAGACAGCGAGCGAGCUUCCUUCAGCAAACUGCUGCAGUCCCAGCACAUCAGAGGUUCUGUCUGGCUAAACGAAAGGGAUGGUGUCCUGCACAAACCAAAAUGGAGACGGGAUCACAUUGUACCAGUCCUGGUAUUCAGAGAUAAAACAGACACAAAAUACGUGAAGGUGCUCUCUGACUUCCCAGCACUGCCUGCUGUCACUGCCUGUGCCCACCUCCAGUGGGACAGCAGGACCCAGGACGUCGCCACCGUCUUCUCCUACGCCGUGCCGGCGUUUAUGAACGAGUUCCAGCUCCGUGGCUUUGUCGACGAGGAGGGCUUUGUUCGGUUUGCCCUCAUAGUCCAGGGGCACCAUUCCCCGUACCUGCCCGUGUUCCGUGCCGACGGACGGUGGCAUCACUUCUGCGUGACCUGGCAGCGGGAUAACGGCACCUGGGCCGUGUACGCGGACGGUAAGAGGAGAGCGGCUGCCAGCGGACUGUGCGGGCCCGCUGCCCCCCAGCCCAUCCACGGCCAGGGCACCUUCAUCAUCGGGCAGGACCAAGAUUCCCUGGGGGGCACCUUCAGGAAGAAAGAGUCCUUCAGUGGGAACAUCACUGACCUGCACGUCUGGCAGAGAGUCCUCAGCGCCGAGCAGAUUGAGACCGUUCGUUCGUGCUGGGUGGUGGAGCAAGACCUCGUGUUUGGCUGGAGCCUGGGGGCGAUGGAGGUUGAAAGCACCGUUCAGGAAGUGGCCACACGGUUUCUUUGCCCAGGGCCUGUUGAGGAAUGCCGAGUGUUUGAAGUUGGCAGCAGUGGAUUGAGUUACACAUCUUGUGUGCAGUCUUUGCCUUUUAUCUGUGGCUACAGAAAGGAUGCGUACUGGCAGCUGAAAAAGGCUCAUCUGGGAUCCAGCCACUCGCUCGUCAGCCGCGUGAACGCUCUUGCACAGAGGACUGUGAUUCCUGAGAGCAUCUUCACAAGUGAUGUCCAGGACAUGAACCUCUCUGUUGCUCUUGGUGCUCUCGAUGUCGUGGCAACUGUUCUGAGAGAAGGAGAGACACCCGUGCUGGAGCCAUCUGGCCUCCUUGCUGUGCUUCAGUUACUCAAGCAAGUUUCAGAUGUGGAAGUCCAGGAGGGAGAGGAGCUGGAGAUGUUGGAGCAGCUGAGCCAAUAUUACAUGGAAGUGACUGAAUUAAUCUUGGAAGAGCAGAAUGUGGAGACUUGGUCUUCAGUCAGCCAGGUCAUCAGAGGGCCCAUGGCUGUCGUGGAGUUCUGUGACAGAAUGGUGUCACAUUUAGCCCCGCUGCUGACUGCAGGGAGGACAAAGGUCACCAUCCAGCACGGGAAUGUCGGGGUAGAGGUCAGGAAGCUGGAGCUGAGUGGGCAUGAAGUGAGCAGUGAGAACUACCAGGUCCAGAGCCCUGAGAAAGGGAGGGAUGACUUCAUUGAAGUUCCUGCAGAAGAAUUGCAAAGACUGAAAGCCAGAGGGCUCCACAGGGUUCUGGUGAAGAGCAUGUGGUUUGGAUACGGGUCCCUGCAGCGCUGCCUGUCCGGCACCGCCGCCUCCCGCCACGGGGACGGGGCUGGGGCUGGGGCUGCCUCUGCCACGGGACAGAGGUACCUGAGCACCACGGUGGGCACUGCUCUGAUCUCAUCUGCUCUGCUCAGUGACUACCAGGAGAUCAGCACCUCCGUGCGCUACCACCUGCAGCACCGUGUCCAGGACCUGCCUGAUAAAUUGGUGGGACCCAUCUGUGCCUUCUGGAACUUCAGCCUCAGCCCAGAUGCUGGUGGGAUGUGGUCCACAGCUGGCUGCUCUGUGCUGACAUCCUUCCUGAACUCCACGGCCUGUUUUUGCAACCACACCACGAACUUUGCUGUCCUGCUGCAGGUGUAUGAGAUGCAGAGGACCACCAAGGAGGAGCUCACACUGCAGACCUUGACUUUUAUUGGAUGUGGAGUUUCCUUCUGUGCCUUGAUUGUUACCUUCAUUUUAUUCUUGGCAGUUGGUGUUCCCAAGAGUGAACGAACAACUGUGCACAAGAACCUGAUCUUUGCAUUAGCUUCAGCAGAAGCUCUGCUCAUGUUCAGUGAAUUGGCCAAGACCAACCAGGUGAUGUGUUUCACAGUCACUGCCUUCCUUCACCUCUUCUUCAUGGCAGCCUUUUCAUGGAUGCUGGUAGAAGGGCUUCUACUCUGGAGCAAAGUGGUGGCAGUCAACAUGAGUGAAGACAGGAGAAUGAAGUUCUACUACGCAACUGGUUGGGGCCUUCCAGUCAUUACCGUGGGUGUGACCCUUGCAACUUCCUUUAACAAGUACGUGGCAGACAACCUUUGCUGGCUGAACGUCCAGACCAACGUCAUCUGGGCUUUCGUUGGGCCUGUUCUCUUCAUCCUGGCAGUGAACACCUUCGUGCUGUUGCGGGUGGUGAUGGUGACGGUGGCCAGUGCUCGCAGGAGAUCAAAGAUGCUGACGCCCAACAGCAGCCUGGAGAGACAAAUUGGGGGGCAGAUAUGGGCCACAGCCAAGCCCAUCCUGGUGCUGCUGCCAGUGCUGGGGCUGACCUGGGGCUGUGGGGUCCUCGUCCACCUCAGCAUCGUUUGGGCCUAUGUCUUCAUCGUGCUCAACUCCCUCCAGGGCCUGUACAUAUUCCUGGUCUAUGCAAUCUAUAACAGCGAGGUGAGGAAUGCCAUCCAGAGGAUGAAGGACAAGAAGAAAGCCCUCUCAUUCACAAACUGCUCUCAUCCCAUCAACUACUUAUCAAGUCCAAGGAACACGACCUCCUGGGAGACAGGGAGACUGAGUCCUGCAGCUGCGAGUGCCUUGUCGAGCCCUGUGCAGAAAGACCCUCCCGUGAAGAACAUCACCAACAAAGGGAGCUUUGGAGCCAAAAUUCCCAUGGGCAUUUCGUCAAUCAUGUCACCUGAGAGACCGGCUGUAGAGCUGACAGCGUUCAAAUCCUCAGUGUCUAAGCAGGGCAUGCUUAGGCUGUUUUCGAGACGAUGCCACCCCGAAGCAUCGCAGCUUUCCUGCCCAGAGUGGACACGUGAGCAAGGCAGAAGCGGUGGCAGCCGGGAGUAA